CCCCUCGCUCUGAUUGGCUGCUCUGCUCUCGUCCGCUCCGCAUUGGUGUUGGUGUGCGCCUCUGACAGUCGCCGCUCGCGUUUGGCGCAAGUAAUAACAAGGUGAAAAUGACUACAAAGUUGCAAAGCUGCGCCCGCAUUUAAUCACCUACGCUGGGCGCCGAUAGCUCCACGCAGACAACAACAAGCCACUCAAGAGGGCGUUUCUACAAGAAGCAAAGGUCGUCGGACUGUGGACUUAGUUUAUGCCGUGUAGCCCGUUUCAGAUCCAGGUACGGUGUUGUUCGUGGUUUCCCGUGAACGCGCCGGUGGCUGAUGUCAUUGGAACAGGUGCGCGAAACCCAAGUUAACAACAGUCGCCCUAGAUCGCGAGGGAUUACACACGGAUGUGAGUGUUUUUCUACGGCGUUUCAUUCAUCAGCCGGUAUUACGAAGCGAUUUGAGGCUGCGUUAUUUUUAUGUGCCUGGAUAAAGUAAGCUGUCCAGCCUCGGGCGGUAGUUUAUUGCUAUUUCCGCGUCUUUUUCUCCUAGAAAGCGCUUGUUUGGAUCAUUCGAAGACGAUAUUUGGCGACACUUCUUGGUGAGCUGUGAGGUCUACCGUAGAUUUUGUCAAGGCAGCGAGCCCUUUUACCUUCAUGUGAGCUCGUGAUUCAAUUCACAUGAAUGUACGUGAAUUCUGACUGAACCACAGAGGGAAUAUAUUUUAAGCGAUGCCGACCCCGAAGUUUUAAAACGCGUUUUCCUCACCAAGACAUGGGAAUGAAGUCGCUUCGCUGCACCGCACUCUAAACGCGUUCGCACAAGGAAAUAACCUGUUUUUUUAAAGACUCGUCUACCGAAGGGAUUAAUCAUGUCCAAGACGCUGAAAAAGAAGAAACACUGGUCCAGUAAAGUGCAGGAAUGCGCCGUUUCGUGGGGUAACGCCGGGGAGCUCAGCGUCGUGCUGGAGAUACGCGGCGGAGCCGAGCACGGAGAGUUCCCGCACCUGGGACAGGUGUUGUCGGACGCCUUAGCGUGCCAUGUCGGCAGGCUACCUGGUCCCGGAGACGUGCUUCUGGAGGUGAACGGCACGCCUGUCAGCGGACUGACAAACCGAGACACCCUCGCCGUCAUCCGCCACUUUCGCGAACCCCUCCGUCUGAAGACCGUAAAGCCAGGUAAGGUGUUAAACACGGAUCUGCGUCAUUACCUCAGCCUGCAGUUCCAGAAAGGCUCUUUGGACCACAAGCUCCAGCAGGUGAUCAGAGAUAACCUGUACCUGCGCACCAUUCCCUGUACCACGAGGCAGCCUCGCGAAGGGGAGGUUCCAGGAGUGGACUAUAAUUUCAUCAGCGUGGGGGAGUUUCGUGUGCUGGAGGAGAGCGGCCUGCUACUGGAGAGUGGAACGUAUGACGGUAAUUACUAUGGCACUCCAAAGCCUCCAGCAGAGCCCAGCCCAGUGCAGCCUGACCUGGUGGACCAGGUUCUGUUUGACGAGGAGUUUGACGCAGAGGUCCAGCGCAAACGCACCACGUCUGUCAGCAAAAUGGACAGAAAAGACAGCGCAGCUCCUGAGGAAGAGGAGGAGGAUGAGAGACCACCCAUGGUCAACGGGCUCACAGAACACAAGGAGGGACCGGAGUGGAGGAAAGCUGUGCCCAGCUACACGCAGUCCAGCAGCAACAUGGACUUCCGCAACUGGAACACGCUGCCACGUGACGAGAGCCAGGAGCCUCUGCCCAAGAACUGGGAGAUGGCCUAUACGGAGACAGGCAUGGUCUACUUUAUAGAUCAUAAUACCAAGACCACGACCUGGCUCGACCCACGACUGGCGAAGAAAGCCAAGCCUCCUGAAAAAUGCGAGGAUGGAGAGCUUCCAUAUGGCUGGGAGAAGAUUGAGGACCCGCAGUAUGGGACUUAUUAUGUGGACCACAUCAACCAGAAGACUCAGUUUGAGAAUCCAGUGCAGGAAGCCAAGAAGAAACUCAGCCAGGACACAUCUCCAACCAGUCAGCCAAUAGCAGCGGCCGCAGGAGCAGUACCAACGCCCUUAAAUGAAACUGGUUUAAGGGGAUUCACACGGGACCCAUCUCAGCUGCAGGGUGCUAUUUUGCGCACAACUCUGAGGAAGAGUCCUCAGGGCUUUGGUUUCACCAUCAUCGGUGGAGACCGACCAGAUGAAUUCCUUCAAGUGAAGAACGUCCUGAGAGACGGACCCGCCGCACACGAUAACAAAAUCGCUUCAGGUGAUGUUAUAGUGGACAUAAAUGGUACAUGCGUGCUGGGUAAGACCCAUGCAGAUGUGGUCCAGAUGUUCCAGUCCAUUCCUGUGAAUCAGUAUGUGGAUAUGGUCCUGUGCCGUGGAUACCCGCUGCCAGAGGACACUAACUCCAGCGAAGAAGGCACAGGCGACAUAUUAACUGCAAUCCCGGGAAUGGACGGGCAGCCCAUUCAUUCAGACGUGCAGGACCUCCACUACAUGACCACAGAUGGCAGGCAUCCAGCUGCAGCUGCAGCAAUGCCCAACGGACGCUACCCAGAGGCGGCAGAGACCACCCUGCUGCAGCCCGAGCUGGUCAGCGUGCCUUUGGUAAAGGGGCCGAGCGGAUUUGGCUUUGCCAUCGCUGACUGUCCGCUGGGUCAGAAGGUGAAGAUGAUUCUGGACGCGCAGUGGUGCCGAGGUCUGCUGAAGGGGGAUGUGAUAAAGGAAAUUAACAGGCAGAACGUGCAAACCCUCACCCAUGCGCAGGUGGUGGACAUCCUCAAAGACCUGCCCAUGGGCAGCGAGGUCAACGUCCUGGUGCUCAGAGGAGGUCAGACAUCUCCCGUGAAGUCUCUGAAACCUAUCACUCCAGCUAUUCCCAGUGCCCAGAAGCAGGACAUUGCCACCAGUUCCAUCAGUACUGAAACUCCCAGUCCAGCUGAGCCUGGGCCCCAGUCCCUCCCCUUCCCUCCUCAUGCCAUCCGCUCCAACUCCCCAAAACUGGACCCGUCUGAGCUCUACCUCAAGUCUAAAGCCAUGCUAGACAGCAAACCCACCAACACUAAAGAACUGGACGUGUUUAUCAGGAGGAACCAGGAGACUGGAUUUGGGUUCAGAGUGUUGGGUGGAGAAGGACCAGAUCAGCCAGUGUACAUUGGUGCCAUCGUUCCUCUGGGUGCUGCAGAGAAGGAUGGGCGUCUGCGGGCUGGAGAUGAGCUCAUCUGUAUUGACGGCGUUCCCGUCAAAGGCAAAUCUCACAAACAAGUUCUGGAGCUCAUGACCAAUGCUGCCCGCAACGGGCAGGUGAUGUUGACUGUGCGCAGAAAGCUCACCUAUCCAGCAGAAAGAGAGGGAGAUGAUGGGGGUCAACCUCAAGCCCCACUUGCUCCAGUACUGGUCAACGGCUCUCCCAAACCACCCCACAUCGAGGUGUCCGGCCACAGCCAUCCUCAGCCCUACGACGUCACUCUUCAGCGCAAGGACAACGAGGGCUUCGGAUUCGUCAUCCUCACCUCUAAAAACAAGCCUCCGCCUGGAGUUAUCCCGCAUAAGAUUGGUCGCAUCAUAGACGGCAGUCCCACAGACCGCUGCGGUCGGCUGAAAGUGGGUGACCGCAUCUCUGCUGUGAAUGGCCAGUCAAUUAUCGAGCUGUCCCACAAUGACAUCGUGCAGCUCAUCAAAGAAGCUGGGAAUGCGGUUACCCUCACGGUGGUGCCGGAGGAGGAACACAGCGGACCGCCGUCAGGCACUAGUUCAGCCAAGCAGAGCCCAGCCACCCAGCACAGAGCCGUGGGACAGCAGCCUGCCAGCCGAGAUGACAGGAAUGGUGUAGAAACGGAGGAGAGGAAGGACGCUGUGGCCCGAGCGGAGUACAAAUCCCUGGCGCAGGGUGAGAUGGGGACUGUCAUCACCUCAGGACCAAAGCAGGGCUGUUAUCCUGUGGAGUUGGAGAGAGGACAGAGAGGUUUUGGCUUCAGUCUGAGAGGAGGGAAGGAGUAUAAUAUGGGCCUCUUUAUCCUUAGACUAGCUGACGAUGGUCCGGCACUGAAAGAUGGCAGAAUACAUGUGGGAGAUCAGAUCGUGGAGAUCAACGGUGAACCCACGCAGGGCAUUACACACACACGGGCCAUUGAGCUCAUCCAGGCCGGCGGAAAUAAAGUGCUGCUCCUUUUAAGGCCUGGACUGGGCCUGGUGCCUGAUCAUAACGUUAAGGACAUGAUGAAAGGUCCAUCUGCAAACUCUCCAAGGUAUUCUGCAUCCAAUGAGCCGUCGACACCAGCAUCUCCAUCCACCAUCUCUCACUCCCCCGAGAUGAAUCCCUCUCCACCCGAGGAGCUCUUCUUCGACCCAAUGACCGCUUCGCACGGAAAACUUCGCCAACAGUACAGAGACGCCAAGCAGCAAACUAGAAAGAGUGACCCAAGCAUGCCUCGCGACAACAAUGACAAUUUUACACUCCCCCGAAGACAGGACGGGAAAGAACGCUCGCGGAGCCCAAAAAAGAGUCUAAAUACAGACAACAGGAACGAACCUAGCGAACGAGAACCUCGAUCCGCGAGCCCCAGAAAGCCCAAGAAGGAAAACAGUGGGAUCAGACAGGAAAUGCCUCAAAAGGCCACUGACGGAUUGAAGCCUAACUCUGGAAAGAGAUACAAAGACGAGGACACUAUGCACAAGCAGGACAGGGAAACGGGAGAAACCAGACCUGAGGUCUCAAGAGGUGGCAGUGAUAGAUACAAGACAGCAGAACCUCAGAGGUCUGAGAGCGGUACCCUCAACCGGAAAGACCAUAGAGCACGAGACAGACCAGAGGACAUUGAGGGCGUCCCUCAAGACCCUGCCACCAAGAGAGCCCCAAUAACCCCAGGCCCCUGGAAGGUGCCCAGCUCCACGAGGGUUCAGCCUCCGGUGCAUGGAGUCUAGUGUGUUUUGGAGCAGUUACUGAUGUGAAUCACUGUGGAUUUUUUUUUUUUUUUUUUUUUUUUUGUAUGACCAUCAGCUACACUGAUAACAUGCAGAGUUUGCUUGAGUCCACAAACAAUACGAGUUUUGUUUUGUGCCAAUCAGACUGCAGCUACAGACUCAUCCAUGUCUCUUUGCUCUCGUGACGAUAACAUGAAGGAUGCUUUUCUGUGAAGGUUUAAAAUCUGUUAGUAAUUUAAAAAGGGGGGAUAGUUCAGCCAAAAAUGAAACUUCUGUCGGUAUUUACUGGUAUGACUCUGCGGAACAAAAUUGAUUUCGUCAUCAACAUUUUUCGAAAAUAUCUUUUAUAUUUGAAAAAUGUUGGUGACAAAAUCAAUUUGGUGACCACUGACUUCUAUUGUGUAGGGUGGACCAUAAAAUCCUUUACUAAUAACAAGACAGAAAAAAGAUUUUUGGGUAAACUAUCCCUGAUUCUCCAUCUUUGAUUCGCCGCAUGUCCUUACAAAGACUUUUCCAGUGAUGCACCUGUCCUCGAGAUCCAGUCCUGAGAAGUGACUCAGUGUAGGCUGUGCAUUCUUCAGCUUUUCUGUGGUGAAUUUUCCACAUAUCCUUCUUUAAAAGACCAGAAACUUGUGGUUUAAGUAUAUUGUUUACUACUUGUGUGUUGAUGAAGACGCAUAUGUAAUUUAUUGAAAUGAAUAUGAUGAUAUAAACAUAUACAUGUAUAGAGGUAUAGAUAUUUGUAUCCAUUCUGAGCCAGGUCACUUAUUAGUGUUCCAGCUUGCCGAAACGACUUUCGGCUUCCUAACAAACAUAUUUUUUCACAGUGCUAUAGCUUUUACAGUUAAUCCCGGAGGAGCAUUUGCAAGGCGUGUACAUUUGGGAUCAAAUGUUCGCUGGUAUCAUUAGCAGGUGAAGCGGAACUGGGAGAAAUUCAGAUAUAUUUUUGCAUACUAUCCGAUCUAACAUAUUUUUUCUUAUUCCUUUUAGCACAUCAGAUGAUCAAUACUGCAUAGUAUUCCCAGUAUUGGGAAUUCACAUUCAUUUAAAGUGUCUUUGUGCAUCUGUGUCUUUGAGAUUAAAUGUCAAGAUGCUGUCUCAUCUCCAAGGGAAAUGUAGCUCUGAAUUAUGUACCGAACGUGUUGGAUGUUAUUCAUCAGGUUCUUAAAGCCUCAAACAAUUGGCACAGAUUCAGACGCAAGAUAUAACAACGUCUAAUAUCUUUUUUCUUAACAGUAUUUUUGAAAUACCAUGAAUAUUCAGCGUCCGUACGGACGGAGCCGAAAUCAGCCAGACAUCGCAUAUGCUACAGCGCUUCUGUUUUGUCCUGAUGAAAAAAUGUGAAUACUUUCUAAUACGGUUUAUGAUUGCUUCGUGGUCAUUAAUCUCAACCCUUUUGUAGCUCGUUUCUCUAGCGCAUCUCAUGUCAUGAGGUUGUAUGUAUGAUACUGUGGCCUUGCAUUGCUUUAUCUUACACAAAAAAGCCUUGUGGUCUCUACAUUGUGGUAGUUGUAAAUGUUUAUAAAAAUACAAUGUACAGCACCUGUAUAAAACUUGCCUUCGUGAGGGGAAAAACAAGAAAACAAAAUCUAUAAAUCGCUCCAUUAUUUUUUUAAUUAAUUGAGAGUAUAAGCAUAUAUAUAGAGAGAGAGAGAGGUUAAAGAAAUUAAUCUGGUCAUGACCUUCUGUUCAUGCACUGAUGAAUAAAGAUUUACUGAAAAGA